GUUUACAGAGAAAAUUUUGGUGUAUCUUACUUGAUUAUCUCUCUCUUCUCGCUUUCAUCCCUUGUUGUGCUUCUCUAUUUCCAUGGUUUUACUCACAGGAUGAAUAAUGUAUGUUUUCGUUUCAAUUUGAACUCUUUGGCAUGCUUCCCCAUCCAUUACCAGCACCCGAAACACGAGGUUAAGCUUUAUGUGGUGCCUCGUCUUACCAUUGUAUGCCUACACUCUUCAAGGGUUUGUGUAAAGUUUGGAUCACCAAUAGUAUAUGAUGGUACUGAACUAGGAAAUGGCCGCGGUCCUACUGUUCGACAUUUCCAAAGGUCUGACACCUUGCUUGAUAGCUCAAGUCACUCCUUUCACACUGCGAAUGAUUUUGAGAAGCAACUCCAAGAGUUAUUUGAUGAAGUCAAAACUUUAAUUUCAACAGGGAAGAGAAGUGAUGCCAGAGAUAUACUUGAAGCAAAUUAUCAAGCAGUGAAAGAGCAGUUGAAUGCAGGAUAUUCAGGCAUUGAAGAAGCAGCAAUUCUUGAUAUUAUUUCUUUGGGAUAUGUAGCUCUUGGCGACCCGGAGAUGGUUGAAUCAUUAUUAGAUGUGAUGAACAAGAUUAUUGAUUGUUUGGAUGAUGAUGAAAUGCUCCUAGAUUCAGUACUUUUACACAUGGGAAGCAUGUAUACUUCAUUGGGAAAGUCCGAGAAAUCAAUGGUUAUGUAUCAAAGGGCUCUAAAAGUAUUGGAGAAGUUACACGGCAAGGACAGUAUCUUUCUUGUCACGCCACUGUUGGGACUGGCUAACCAUCUUGGUUCAGCUGGAAGAGCUGCUGAAGCUGUUGAAAUCUACCAACGUGUGAUUACCAUUGUGGAGUCGAGUCAUGGUAUUGAUAGCGCUGACCUUGUGUUACCUUUAUCUGGCCUUGGCAAUCUCCUACUCAGUCAAGGCAAGCCUAAUGAAGCGGAAACUACUUUUACCAGGAUUUUGAAUAUAUAUUCAGGGUUACAUGGAGAAACGGAUGGAAGGGUUGGCAUGGCUCUUAUAUCCCUUGCCCAUGUCAAAUGUGCUCAAGGAAAUGCAGAUGAAGCCAUUCACCUAUAUAGAAAAGCUCUUCAAGUCAUUAGAGAUUCGAGAUAUAUGGCAUUGGAUGACGAUAUUAUGGAGAAGAUGAGGCUUGAUUUAGCUGAAUUACUUCACAUAGUUGGAAGAGGUAAUGAAGGCCGAGAAUUGUUGGAUGAGUGCUUGGUGAUCACAGAGAAGUAUAAAGGAAAAGAUCAUCCUAGCUUGGCCACCCAUUAUAUAAACCUUGCAACCUCCUAUUCUUUCUCAAAAAAUUAUGCCGAAGCGGAGCGUUUGCUGAGAAUAUCUUUGCGGGUUAUGCUCAAGUCUGUUAGCCCCGAUGAUCCAUCCAUCACCUUUCCUAUGCUGCACCUCGCAGUUACCCUAUUCAACUUAAGGCGGGAUAAAGAGGCUGAAAGGCUUGCCAUUGAAGUUUUGCGCAUCCGUGAAGCAGCAUAUGGAGAAGAAUCCCUUCCAGUUGGGGAGGCUCUUGACUGCUUAGUCUCAAUACGGACGAGAUUAGGGGAGGAUGACGAUGAACUGCUUGAGCUGCUGAAGAGGGUGCUCAAGAUUCAAGAGAAAGAGUUUGGGAAUGAAAGUGAAGAAGUAACGCUAACUCUGAAGAAAAUUUUGUUUUACUUGGAUAAAUUAGGGAGGAAGCAAGAGAAGUUUCCUGUACAGAGAAGAUUAUCUGUUCUAAGGGACAAGUCUAGGCAUAAAGUUCAAUAUUAGGUUCACUUUUCUCUUUGAGAUUGUAUUUUUUGUAGAAUUGUAUUUAUGUUCAGAUUAUUCAUGAGAAGAUAGGAUAUGACAUAGUCAAUUUUGGCGGAUAAAAAUGUACAUAUUUAAAUGCAUUUGCUUAAUUUAUUCAGAUAAUUUCACUUGAUGUAAUUUGCGAGAUCAUGUGUUAAUAGAGUAUUUAGUUAUUUUCUUUAUAA